CGCCAGUGGAAAUACGUGUAUCGCUCUAGGCGGUACCAGGAAAACAUAAAUAACAACAACGUGUUAGAAGUCGUAAACAACGCAGCGCGCAAGUUUGUUCGGAAAAGUUUUGUGCAGUGACUUUUUGUGAUCCCGUGACGAUGAGUGCCCGGCCGGCCGCCGGCGCCGCGCGCGCUAAGAAGCAGAACCACGCCAACAUCCCCUGCCCCAUCGAGAACUGCGCGCGCUUCACGUACGGCAAGCUCCCGGACCACCUCACCAAGCGACACGGCCUCACGGGCGCCGAGCGGGACGCCCUCAACGAACAACAACGGAAACGGUUCUUCAACGGAGAACUCUGCCAAGUCAGGUUCCUAAAAGAAUCAGCCAUCAGAGACCUCUGGGGCCCCGAUUAUGAUGACCCUCGCAUCAGACAGAAAAUACACCAAAGCUACGGUCUUGUCAAAAUACGCAUCAUACCGCUAGCGGCUACCCAGCGCGCCCGCCCGCUCACUGAACAAGAUGCCAAUGUUCUUACCUCGUACAAUGCUAGAACUGCGCCACGACCUACCAGGGUAUCACGGCCGCGGCCGAGAGCGCGCCCGUACCCACCCCCCGAGUCCACCCCCGCGGGCACCUCCAGCGAGUCCAGUGAAGGAGAGGAGAACACCCGCACCAGCGCGCUGCCCCCCUCCCCACCCCCGUCCUCGCCCUCCCUGCCCCCGUCCCCCGUCCCGUACGAGCUCCAGCCGCCCGUGGAGACGCGGCUUCGAGACAUUUUCGACCCAAAAGUAGAUGCCGGGUACAAGGCUGUCAUAGAUGACAUGAAGAAGUCGAUGACGCUCGGCAGGAAUGUGGGGCCGCGGAAGCGCAAGGCGUACCGCACGUACCGCCGCUACGCGAAGCGGCUAAUCGCUUACUUGCACCGACAGCACUCACCUUUGGCCUACGACGUUGAUUUAUUGCUGUGCGGUGAGCGACAAGUUUGCGCUUUCCUCGAGCGCGUGAAAAGCGAGAGGAAAACGAAGACGUUUCGGAACUACAUCGUGGCUGCGAUCAAGCUGCUCGACUCGAGACUGUUCGCGAUAGAGACGGACCCUGGCUGCAAGGAGAAGGUGGGGUCGAUGACCCGCGUUUAUGAGGCUCUACAUCGCAGGCUCAACGAGUGUGACAGGGUUCUAGCCGAGAAGAACUCGGUCACUCACUCCCAGCUCCCCAGUGACUUCGAUCCCGACAUUAUCGGACACAGUUUCAACGACAGUUGCGAUGAACUUGUGUAAAGUGAUACAAUUUUAAUACACGUGCUUGAAAGACUUUUAAUUUAUAUAAUUCAAAUAUUUGAUUAAUCUCAGCCAAGUUUAAAUUAUUAAUCUAAAUGUACAUUAAGUAACCACUUAUUGCACAUUAGAACUAGGAUAUUAGAUAACUGUACAUAGUCACAGACAAUACGUGUUACAAGCAAUAAGAAUUAAUUAUACUUCAUUAGUGCCAUGUUUAUUUAGAACAAAUGAGGUAAAUUUAAGUAUUAUUAUUGAAAUUGUAAAAAAUACUUACAUAGAAAGUAAUAUACUUUCGGAUUGUGUGCAAUAUAAUCUUAAUUGUCUAGCUUAAAGAUUUAAUAAACUGUAAAUACCUAUCGAUAUUAUUAAUGUUUUAUUUUUAUUUCA